GCCACCGUAACGUGCACAACGCCACUACAGCCUAAGAGAGGCGCGCUUCAUUCUGAGCCGAUGCUAAGGAUAAAAUCAUGCUCAGUCCGAAAAUGCAGAGAACCAUAAGAGUAAACGACAAUCAACUCAUCAUGCUCUCCGAAAGAGCUCAUUAUGAUCACUCCCAAACAGGAUAUUUACACAAAAGGUCUUCCGAUUGUAGUAAAUGGCAGCUGAGAUGGUUUGUUUUGUAUCAGAAUCUCCUCUUUUAUUAUGAUUCCGAGCAUUGCAGCCGUCCUAGUGGCAUUCUUCUCUUGGAAGGCUGCUACUGCGAAAGGCUCAUUACAACAGGGACAGCUUCCAAAAUGAAGGAUGGCUCCGAAAGACAGUUUUGCUUUGCCAUCUCAUAUAGGCGGGACAAUAUCAGGCAAUACGAACUUCGAGCCUUGAAUGAAAUGGAUUGCAAAAAUUGGAUCGAAGCCAUACGAGACGCAAGCUUUAACAAACUCCUAUUGCAAAAGGAAGAACUAGAACAGAAACAUCUCCACCUUCUUCAGAUAAUAGAAUCAGAGAAAACUGCCAAAUGGCAGUAUACUCUGCAAUGCGAAGACCUUGCCUCUGAAAUAAAGAAACUUCGUGCAGAGUUAUUCGCGCUGAAGAAAGAAUGGAAAGCAGUAACAAUCCACCAGUCAACAAGCAGUCUGACGUCUACCCAAGAUACAUCCAGUUCAACAAUGUCCGGCCAGUUCGCAAACCUGGACCAUGAUUCAAUCGAAAUGCGUAAAAUCAAGAAAGUCCAGAGCUUCUUCCGUGGUUGGCUGUGCCGACGGAGAUGGAAACAGAUAGUCGAACAGUACAUCAAGAGUCCUCAUGCCGAAAGUAUGCGAAAAAGAAACAGUCUGGUUUUCAGGAUGGUGGAGGCCGAAGAAGAAUAUAUGGAGCAGAUGGAAGUGUUGGUUGCUUGUUUCUUGCGUCCUUUCAAGAUGGCCGCAUCGUCUAAGAAGCCGCCUUGUCUACAUGAAGAUGUCAAUUCGAUUUUCUUGAACAGUGAAACCGUUCUUUUUCUUCAUCAGAUUUUUCUGAAGGGAUUGACUUCGAGAUUGGAGAGCUGGCCUACCCUCGUCUUAGGGGAUCUGUUCUCCAUGUUGGUUCCAAUGCUGAGCAUAUACCAAGAAUAUGUUCGGAAUCAUCACUUCUCCCUUCAAGUGCUUACAGAAUGUAAGCAAUCCGCCGCUUUUACCGCCCUGCUGAGGAGACUGGAGAGUAAGCCAGCUUGUCAUGGACGUACCCUUGAAACAUUCCUCACAUAUCCAAUGCACCAGGUUCCACGAUAUAUCAUUACCCUUCACGAAUUGCUGGCGCACACGCCACACGAUCACGUGGAGAGAAAGAGUCUGCAGAAUGCGAGACAGCAAUUGGAGGACUUGUCCCGCCAGAUGCACGACGAGGUUUCAGAAACGGAAAAUUUGAGGAAGAAUCUGGCAGUUGAAAGAAUGAUUGUAGAAGGCUGCGAUAUUUUGUUAGAUGUGAAUCAGGUGUUUGUGAGACAAGGUUCGUUGAUACAAUUACCCGGUGAAAAAUCGAAAACGUCAAGGAGUAAGCUGAAUUUCAAAAGCGACAGAGAAUACUUGAGGCAAUGUUUCCUCUUCUCUAAUCAUCUAAUUAUAGCAACAAGAACUUCAAAUGGUAAAUUACAUCUAGUACCAGAUAUCGGAAAGAUACCAUUGGCUGAUUCUUUACUGAUCGAAGAUCCUAGUGAAACUCAAGAAGAUGAGGCAUCCGUAUGCUCAGUUUCAAGUCAAUCCUCUAGUAUGAGUGAAACAUCUGGAGCAAAUCUACAGAACAGAGACUUCAAAAUAUUCGUAGAACAAAAAACGGGAAAUACUUCUCAACAGCUUGUGGUGCAUCUUCUGGCGUCGUCGCAACAAGAAAAAGCCGCCUGGAUCUCGGACAUAAGUCAAUGUUUGGACAACGUUCAGUUCAAUGACAUAAUCAGACCAACAGCGUUAUCGGACAACUCCUCGAUAUCGCUGCCUCAGUGUUUGAAAAACGAUCCAAAGUUAUUCAAAGAUGAGGCCGAUAUUCGUUUCAGCAGAACGCUGAACUCCUGUAAAGUUCCGCAGAUAAGAUAUGCAACUCCUGAAAGGCUCCUGCAGCGCCUAACCGAUCUCCGUUUUCUAUCCAUCGACUUCUUGAAUACUUUUCUGUUAACUUACCGCGUUUUCACUGAUGGAGUCACCGUUUUGGAGGCUUUGAAGAGAGUGUUCUACAGUAACGAACCAGAACCUCAGGGUUCCGUUAUGUCUUUGGAGAAAGACGAUCAUACUCUACACUUGUUCGACGAUCGAAGAAGAAGUAGUGUCUCGCCUAGAAGAACAAGUGGGGCGAGCUCUGUAUCCGGUUACGGAUCAGAAAUGAGCGAGAGGGAUAGAUCGCUUAGCUACGACUCGCAAGGACACAGACACUGGAGGUCCACCUUGGCUAAAUACGAAGAAGAAAAAAUUCAAGAAACUCCCACCCAACCAAAAAUUACCAGGCAAUUAAGUCCAACCAAAUCUGCCCAGAAAACGAGUGAUAGACUGUCUCCUCCAUCGCAAAAAAUGGUAUCGAUAAGAGUGGAGAAAUCCAAGGAUACCGACACUCGUCAUCUCACCAUUCCCAGUAAAGUUGCUGCAUCCAGUAGCAGUGAUACUUUAACAGAGGCAACUGUUUUGAGUGCACCUUGUUCUCCUAGCAAUCUGAGUUCAGUUACUCUGGUUGCUUCAUCGCCGUCAGAUUCUAAUAAUGCCCAUGAAGUUGGCGGGAGUGUAUCACCUCGGUCACCAUCUCAACCGAAAGAACCUCCAAUAGUCAAAGAACCGCCACCGGUUGUUAGAGAAAAAGCACCAAAAGGUGAUGUUCAGAGGAAAACCUCCGCUGCCAAACAUGAAGGACCAGUUGAUAAAAGAUUGGAACGUUGUAUAUCUGAAGAUUCGGAAGGUGAGCCGAAAACGCAAGAAGAUUUGACUCUAUUUUAUAGUACGGUGCAUAGAGCGUCGACUAGUUCUUCUAGAUCUGCAAGUAUUUCCACUGCUACCAGUGCAGCCCUACACAGCUAUUAUGGUAUAAGGAGGUCAAUGCAAGAAGGAGAUGCAACAUCCACUACUCGUUCAAGCUUUCAACAUGAAUCCCCACAGAAACCAAGUAAGGCUGGAGUUGUCAUCACAUCAUUCAGACAGUCUAAAAGAAGAAGCAGCACUUCAAGUGCUGCCGCGGCUUUCGCUAUAGCAGUUUCUGGAUCUAGCAAUCCUCGGGAUAUAUCUCCUGGCAAACCGAAAGAACCAGUUCAUGAUGAAUUCGCAGAGAGGGCCCGUUAUAAGGAAAAUAUUAUAUCAACUGCUUGCACCAUGAGAGUUCUCAAUGUUUUAAGGCACUGGAUUUCAAAGCAUCCCCAGGAUUUCGAGAAUGAUCCUCGAUUGAAGACUAUGACGAUUGAGUUUUUGGACGAUAUUAUAUACAGUCCCAAUUUACUUCCUGCUGAACACAAAUCUGCAGCCCAAUUAUUGAGACUCUUGAGCAAAGAGGAAGGUGAUGGCUCUAAAGUCGAUAUAAAAAAAAUAUUAACAGCGCCCUCUCAUCCAACCAAGGAGAGUAUCGAAACCCUUUCUGCCCUAGAAAUAGCAGAGCAACUGACUUAUAUAGACCAUCAAAUAUUUAUAGCUAUUUCAAGCGAAGAGUUCCUCGGUCAAGCAUGGAUGAAAAAUGACAAGAGAAUUAAAGCUCCUCACAUACUGAUGAUGACAAAAAGAUUCAAUGAUGUAUCAAGACUGGUUGCUUCAGAAAUUAUAAAGAGGAAUCUAAUAAGUACUAGAGUUAUUGCUAUAGAGAAAUGGGCGGCUGUUGCUGACAUAUGUAGAUGUCUUCAUAAUUUCAAUGGCGUACUGCAGAUUUGCUCAGCCUUCACCAACAGUUCAGUUUACAGGCUUAAAAAGACUUGGGAUAAAGUAUCGAAAACUACCAAACAGACGAUUGACAAACUACAGAAUAUAGUUUCAUCUGAUGGCAGAUUCAGAUCACUGAGAGAUGCCCUACAUAGAUGCGACCCUCCUUGCAUCCCUUACCUUGGAAUGUAUCUCACAGACCUUUCCUUCAUUGAGGAGGGAACUCCAAAUUUCACAGCCGAGAACCUACUCAAUUUCUCUAAAAUGAGAAUGAUUGCUCAUGUCAUAAGAGAAAUAAGACACUUCCAAUUAACAUCUUACAAGAUCGAGUUGAUUAGAAAAGUAACAAAUUAUCUGUUGGACACUUCAUUGCUGAUGGACGAUGAGGAAUUAUAUAGCAUAUCACUGGAGAUUGAACCAAGAACAUCUAGACUGACUUCUUCAGGUCUGCAUCAUCAGUUGUCGUUGUCAAAAUGUUAAACUCAAAAUAGUUGGAGUAAAUCUAAUAGUAUAUUUGUAUAUAUGUUUUGGAAGAUUAUCUGUGUUAGACUUGAGUUUCAUAUUUUAAGAGUUAUUUGAGACUGACUACUAGAUUUACUCUAUGAUUUCAGAUUGAUCUCAAUGAUGCAAUUAGCGUGAACCCCAAAUUAUUUUUAUAAGAUUAUUUAGUUGUUUAGAGGAGUAAUUUAGACGGAGAGUCAGAUAUUGCUCAGAUCGUUUGUGAGAUCCAAGAGAAUUGAAGUAAUUAAAGUAAAAAAUCAUUCAUUUGCCAUAGAGAGAAGUUUAGUUCAAGCAUUCCUUAAAGUACGUGAAAACUUUCAAAGAUAUAAUGUAUCUUGCAGCCAUUCAAUAUUGAUAAGAUUUCAUUGAAUAAAUUCUGGCCAUGGAAAAGUGACAAUCGGAUUUUCCCGGGAUCUGCUUGAUUUGGAUUUAAUCUCCAAAAACUGAUUAGGGCAAUCGAUUUAUUCUAAUGAAAAAAUGACAAUUGAAGAAUAUAAUAUAUGAUAUUCAAGACAUUGCAAUCAUAAUCUGAAAUUUUCUGGAGAUAAUGUUUCACAAUUCCUGACAUUUUCAAUUCUUCCUUUGUGCACUAAUGUUUUCAUAGAUUUUGGCACAUAAUUUGAAUGAAAUUAAUGCACGAACAAUCUUUCAACCUACAGGGUGUCCAAACGAGAGACUUUAUUAAUAUUUCAGGUCUUAUAUAUGUAUAUAAUAUAUAUGUGAAUUUUAUGAUAAUCAAGUACCUCGAGUCACUAGAAUGACAUUAUAUUUACUGUUAGAUGAUAUUAGAUUAAUUGCAGAUAUACCAAAUAGUAUUUUGAAUAGAAUUUAAAACAUUUUUCUAUACACUGCACGGGAAUACGUCAUGUUUCAAUGUGAUAUGAAUUGUUUUACUGAUGUGAAAGUACCUGAUUAUAAAUGUGAAACGUGAAGGUAUCGCUUGAGGCACAACCUAGAGGAUAUUCAAAUCGUGAAUAUAAAUGCUGAUAAUGCUCCAAAAUUCUCCGAUUCUUAUUGGAGAAUUGGAUGAAUACAUCAUACGAUAGAGAGAUCCUAAUUCUUCUGUUUGCCAAAAAACUGCGGAGUAGCAAAUAAUUGUUGAACUUAGAGAAUAUUUAUCGAUUGUUUAAAUGUUGUUGAUGAUUGAAAUUUUAGUCGGAUUUCUAGAUUGCCAAUAGCUAGCUGUCAAGGAUAUGUUUUCAUUGUGCUUUUUCAGACUAUUUUUUCAUAAUCUCAUCUAUAUAUUCUUUCUUAAGAAUAUCUCUUUUCCCAACUUCAAUAAUGCUGAUACUCAUUCUUCGAAUGCUUUGACGGCCGAAAUACUCUAAAAAGCAAGUAACUAUAAAAUAUGGCCGCGAAAGCCUCAAUCUAUUGAUUCUUCAAUAAUUUAUUAUCUUUUAUAAUUUCUCAUCUUUUAUAAUUUCUCAGAAAGAGAAAAGAGAGACUUGACUUGAAUUUGUGACAUAUUAUACUGACUGAUUGGCAUAUGGUGGAGAGAAUGAAAGAUGAAUAUCAAAAUACAAUUUAAGAUUGAUCUACGAAUGUCUUCGAAGGUUGUAAAACUAGUUGUAUAAGGAACUGUUAUUUCCCAAAAUCUGUCCUGAAAUUAUUUUAAUACAUUUUCUAUCAGAAUGAAAGAUAAUUAUGCUAUUUUGUGAUUAUUAUUAAUGUCUAUUAUUAUCUAUCUAUAUAUCUAUCUGUCUAUUAUUAUUAUUCAUAUAUCAUGAAAAAUCGAGUAGAAUAAAUAACAUAUCAGUGAUUGCCGAUAUGAAUUGCAUAUCAUUAUUUUGAUAACUAUUCAUGUCAAUGAAUUUGAAAUGAGUUGGCUAUUUAAUUGAAUGUUCUUACUAUGAUAUUCACUCUCUAUUUAUUCUACAAUAUAUUUAUUCUGAUAUUUAAACAUGAAGGAAAUCCAAAGAUAUAAAAAAUUAGUUUUUAUAGAUAAUAAUUAUAUUUCUCCACGUAUUAAUGUUCAGAUCUAA